AUGAGAUGGAUGAGUCAUCGCGGAUGUGCUGGUAUUGGGCUAUGCCUGGUAGUGGUCGGCGCCAGCAGCCAUAUCGAAGAAAGGUGCCUCUCGAGCGAGGGCUCCGUUCACAUCCAGGACCCCAGCUUCCUCCAGAUGAAGCUGAAACUGGACUCCACGCCGGACACUGAGGCCGAAGCAGAAGCUCAGGCCGAAACAGCCGAAGCACUCAAAGCGGCUUACGACCAGGGACAUGAACAGGAGAGUGCUCUGCUCGAGCAGGAGCUGCUGGACUUAGUCAGGCGACGAAUCCACGACGAGCACAAGGACGACUUCGCCAACCUGUCCAACCGUUCUGGAGGUGUGCCCAAGCAGCUGGUGGCGGACCUACGCAACUUUGAGAAUUUGCUGUUCGACUUGGAGUUGAACAGGAUGGACAUAAACGCUGAGAAGGAUCUCGCAGACGAGUUCUGGGAAGCACUGCUUCGAGCGGCGGAGGCUAAGGAGAAGGUGAUGUCCGCUGAGGAGAACAAGCACGCUUCCCUUGAACAGCUCUCGAAGCUCAAUGCAUCAUCUGUGCAAGCUGCAAAUCUGACGGAGGAGGUUCGCAAGUACGAUGCGAUCAUCGCCCGAUUCAAGCCGGAGUAUGCCGAGGCGCAGCGGAAUCAAACGGACAGAACGACAAGGAUGCAGGAAGUGUGGAACGCCAUUGUCCAGAGAGAGCUGAAUGAUACAAGGCUGGUGCAGAUUCUGGAUGAUCAGGACUUGAGCCAGAGUGCAAUGUGA